CAAAAACCAGCUGUUUGUUCGGAGAAAGGAUGUCGAUUGUCCUCUCUGCCUCCCUCUUUCUCUCUCUUCCCUCUUUCUUUCUCUUCUGCUCCCGAUUUUGUAUAAGGAAGAAACCAGCGUCCUCUCACGAACGGAGAAGGAAUUUCACCAGUGCCCAUCUGCGCGCUCUGCAAGGGUCGAUCCUUCACUUCAUCCAGUGCCCACAUUCUAGAGAGAGAGAGGGAGUGCAGUAACGAACAAAAGGGAGCUUUUUUGGGCCGUUCCAAGAGAGAAAAAAAUGCGUGGGGCUGAGCCUGGAGCCGCUGGACAUGGUGGGCGUCCAGAUCCCGCACCACUUCCGGUGCCCCAUCUCGCUGGAGCUGAUGCGGGACCCGGUGACGGUGUCGACGGGGCAGACCUACGACCGGUCCAGCAUCGAGCCCUGGAUCGCCGCCCGCAACACUACCUGCCCCGUCACCCGCGCCCCGCUCCUCGACUCCGCCCUCAUCCCCAACCACACCCUCCGCCGCCUCAUCCAGUCCUGGUGCGUCGCCAACCGCCGCUCCGGCGUGAAGCGCAUCCCCACCCCGAAGCAGCCCGCCGACCCCUCCCGCGUCCGCGCCCUCCUCUCCCAGGCCGCCUCCACGUCGUCCGCCACCGCCGCCCCCCGGCUCUCCUCCUCCUUCCGUAAUAGACUCGCUCCAAGCGCCGCCGCCGGACUCGUCAUCUUCCUCAAGCAAGACGAUAGUCAAGGCAGUGGCGGCCACUGUGGCCAGCCAUGGACAAUACUUGCUCGACCUCAAACUCGGAGCUUUGGUUAGCGCUCGAGUUUCGAGCUCGGCCUCAAGCUAUCUCACCGCAAACGAAGCUCAACGCAGUCUCCAUCCGGCGGCGCGCCGUCCCUUCUUGACCUGAAGCGGCCAUGAGCCGACUCGAGCUCGAGCCAUGGCAGACGCAAGAAAAAAGAAAAGAGAAGUGGAGAGGGAAGAGGAGGAGAAACAGUUGUGGGCAGAAACGGAGGGGAGGAGAGAAGGUAAACGGGAGAGAGACGGAGUUAAUGGGGAGAGUGGGCGCUGACAGGUGGGCCCAAAAUCGCCACGUGUCGAAUUUUAUAUGGUGAUACAUUUCGAACCCACUCAAUAUUUUCUCACCUCGACGUGAGUGGUCGUCAAGUUUCAAGCUGAUUUAUUUUGCAAUGCAAACAACUCAACUCACAAAUAUGGCCUGAUGAUCUGAUUGUUCUUUUAUUGAACUCUACGACCACCAAUUAACAGCUUUGUCCAUAAAAUCAAAUAUGAUUUCGUUAUAUUUUCGUUAUAAGAUGUAAGAAGUAGAGGUGUCAAAAUCGAAUCGAAUCGAAAAAUUUGAUUUUUUUGGUUUGAUUCUAUUUUCAGUUUAUUUUCAUAAAAGAGUCAAUAAUUUUUUAUUGGUUCGAUUUUUAUCGAUUACCGAACCACAAACCGAUAAAUUCGGUUUUUCCCUCCCGACUCCCGUCUCCUUUCCUCUUGUGUCUCGUCUUGGUGGGUUGGAGGUGCAAUGGCGACGGCGACGGCGACGGCGAUGACGACGGCGACGGCGACCCUCCGUUCCCAUGUCUCCCCUCGCCCUCUUUCUUUGGUAAAGCUGCGUUUUUGGCCCCUAUUUCUCGGUGCCCAGAAGCUCCGAGGGGGAAGAAAGUCGGCUCUGCUCUUCUGGGUUUUGGCUUAUGGUCGAGUCUUGGGGGCUUCGAUGGUGGAUGUGGUUCGACUGUCUUCAUUGCGCUUCUCUUCUUCUCCUUCUUCUUCGUCUCUGACGCCGUCCUCUUCGCGCCAGCGUGGUGCCCUCUGCCCUCCUCCUCAUAAGCUCCACAGGUGGUCCGAUGCUUCUGCGAAUUGCUCCCACGGUGGUGGCGUUGCAGGUCUUGGUUUCGGAACCCGAAAGCGAUUUGCCUCUUUGAAGGUGCUCUGGUUUCGGUCAGUUUGUACAUUGAUCCUUUGAAGUGGAACAAUCAGGUGAUUUCCCAUUUAGUGGUAUCCUGAACCAAUAAGAGAGAACAGCAACAGCUUAGAGCCAAAAAAAUGUUUUGGAGGCAUGCUGAUCAUGCGUUCUGCAUUCUUACAUGGGACCUUAACAAUGGAAUGCGAGAAUAGCUUUUGCAUCACUUGGUCGUGGUUCUCACUGUUAAAAGAAGUGAUAUUUGAACUGAGUGACUAGAUUUGUUGCUUUGUGGUGAUAAUUCCAUAAUGAGCAGAGAAUAUGAAUUGCUCCUUUGGCACAAGAAUGUUUUGAUGGUGUCAUGGGAACUUUGUUUGUCAGAAUAAACACGGUAAGUCCUGUUGAUAUUGGACCUAUCACUUCACUCCUGAAUAUUUCAACUGCACUUCAUAUAAUUAUAGAAUCCACGCUCCACAUCAGCUGCAACUGGCUUGAAGAAAUGCAAAACUUCAUCAUUGUGAACUGAAUCUUGUUACACGGUUUAGUCCUUUUCGGUACUUGUAUAAGCAGUUGAGUGGAGAAUUUCAUUGAUGACUGGUAGGAACUCUAUGCAAUGAUUUCAAAUAUAAUCCUUUUUUUCCUCUUUACUUUUGGCAAUGUAUGAGAUGAUUUUAUAUGUGAUCUGAUGAGUGUGACUGCUGUUUAACAA